AUGCACUUCCUCAAGCUUGCCCUCCCUGCGCUCCUGUGCGCCGUCGUCUCGGCCCAGAGCGAGGAGUGGUCCGACACGACUGGCGUGGCCGACGAGGUUGCGUCGACGGCCGACGGUGCGUGGGACGGCGCGACCGACGCGAUCGCUUCCAACGUCGACCAGGCCACCUCGUGGGCCGCCUCGCAAGGCGCCGACGCCACCUCGUGGGCCGCCUCCGAGGGCGCCGACGCCACGUCCUGGGUCGCCUCACAGGGCUCCGAGGCGACGUCCGCCAUCGCCUCGGUCGCCACGUCAUUGGCGUCGGCUGCCGAGUCGGCGUGGGAGUCGGGCGACGUCGGGAGCGUCGCGUCUAAGGCGACGAGCGGCGCGGCGGGGGCGGCACAGACGGCGACGAGCGCGAUCGGCAGCGUCGCAGAGAAGGCGACGAGCGCUAUCGGCGAAGGCAUCGACAAGGCUACGGCCGCUGUCGGCGGCGGCGACUCGGCCGCGGUCUCGCUCUCUGCUUCGCCCUUCCUGGCCGGUCUCGCCGCCAUCGCCGCCGUCGGCCUCGGCGGCGCCGCUAUCUUUGCGUAG